GCAUCUUUGUUCGCCUCUCGUGACAUCUCCUUUCUCUCUGCAUCCAUCAAUACCCUCCCAUUAUUUCUUUCUUGUUUUGUAGUUCUCGGCUUUGCAUCUCGUUGUAUUUGAAUUCAAAAGCUCUCCAAUAGAACACGAUGAAGAAAUUCGGCUUCGGCAAGAAAGGCGACGACGGCGACGACGCCAACCGAAAUGCCCUUUUUGGCAGCCGCAAGAAGAACUCGACGCCCACUCCCUCGGAAAACCCAUAUGCCAACCAAGGAGGCAGCGAUCCCUAUGCUGAGCAAACCAAAUAUGCAAACAUGGGCGCUCGUCCCUCACCUCCUGCAAAUGGCUACAGCCCAUACCAAGGAGGACAGAACGGAGCCCCUCAGCAGUCUGCCCCCUCAGGGUACGGCAGUGAUCGAUACGGCUCGGGUGGUGGCUACGGCUCCAACCGCUACGACAGCGGCCCUGGAUCAAACUACAACAAUUCUCCGGCAGCGGGGGCUAGGGGCCCUGGAGGCUACGGAGGCUUUGGUCGCGAUGCGCCAGACAGCAACAGAGACGCCCUCUUCGCCGGCGCACAGGAGCGGCUCGAACAAAAGCAGCAGCAGGCUGCAACAUCGGGAGCCGAUUCAUCGGGUGCUACCGGGGGCUCUUAUGGCGGCUAUGGCGAGCAGCGGGAAUUGACAGAAGAGGAACAAGAGGAGGCUGAUUACCAGGCAAUCUUGACUGAAAAGCGACAAGUUCAGCAGGACAGUGUUGCUUCAGUCAACCGCUCGGUGCAAAUGGCUAGACAAGCCAACGAGGUCGGGCGUGCUACUUUGGCCCGUCUUGGCGCACAGGGAGAACGACUACAUAACACGGAGAAGAACCUCGACCUUGCGGCCAACCAGAAUAAGAUUGCUCAGGACAGGGCAGCAGAGUUGAAGACGCUCAAUCGCAGCAUGUUCGCAGUCCACGUUGGGAACCCAUUCACAUCCAAGCAGCGUCAGCAGAAAGCCGAUGAGGAGAUAAUGUCUCGCCAUCGGGCUGAGCGAGAGCAGCGGGAAACGACCCGGCGAGACGGCUACGCUGCGACCCAGCGCAUGGAGCAGAACAUGCGCCAGAUUGGCAACACCGGGGCAAACCGAACAGCUCGCAAGAAGGAUUAUGGAAAAUUCAACCUGGAUGACGAAGAGGGCGCCGACGAGCUGGAGGACCAAAUCGACGAUGGUCUCACCGAAUUAGAGGGACAGGUCAAGAUGAUGAACAUGGUCGGCCGAGCCAUUGGCGCAGAGGUGGACGCCCAAAACAAACAAAUCGAUCGAAUUAUGAACAAGAGUGACGCAGUUGAUGAUGCUACAAGAAUGAAUAGAGAACGGUUGGCUCGUAUUAGGUAAAGCGAUGAAUAGAAUUUUGGUCUAGAAUGCUGGGUUUUGCGUGUGUGUUUUCAUAAUAUGGGGUAUUUCAUAUUAUAUAUAGGUAUAUAUAUUACAUGAAACGUUUAAUAUUGCUCUCCAUGAAGCG